AUGAGGUGCAGCAGCAGUCGGCACCAGGAGGCAGCAGGAGGCAAGAGGCAGCAGGAGGAGGAGGCACGAGCAGGUGUGCGCAAACCCCCCCGUUUUUCCUUUUCUCUCUCUCUCUCUCUGUCUCUCUCUCUCUCUCUCUCUCUCUCUCUCUACUCUCUCUCUCUCUCUCUCUCUACUUCUCUUCUCUGUCUCUCUCUCUCUACUUCUCUUCUCUCUCUACUGUCUCUCUCUCUCAACCGACCAAACCAAUUCUCUCUCUCUCUCUCUCUCUCUCUCUCUCUCGCUCUCUCUCUCUCUCUCUCUCUCUCUCUCUCCCUACUUCUCUUCUCUCUCUCUCUCUACUUCUCUGUCUCUCUCUCUCUCUCUCUCUCUCUCGCUCUCUCUCUUUCUCUCUUAGCGUCACGUACCACUGCCCGGUUCUCUUGUGCUUUCAACCAAAUCGCCAACAUGUCGGACGCCGCUGCCCCCGCCUCCAAGAAGGCCAAGCCCGCCUACACCUUCAACGUGAACAAGGCACUUGACAAGAAGUACGAGACAAUGCCUUUCAGUGAGAUCGUCAAGCUGCCCCCUAGCGCCCUGCAAGGUCUCUCAGAGCAUGCCAACCCCAUGCUGGCCGCCUUUCACAUCAAGACAAUCGCCGAUUUGGCCGAGUGGAAGUUUGCCAAGGUGGCGCACGCCAUUGUUGAUCUGGCCGAUUGUGAAGAGGAGGGCAAGCGCGCUGAGAAGAGCGAGAACAACUUUAACAAGGCCUUGGACAAGGACUUUGAGACCAAGUCGCUGAAGGAGCUUGUUCAUGCCCCACCCUCUGCGCUCGCGGGUUUGGCCGACUGGACGGACGGCGUCCUUGCCAAGCUUCACAUCAAGACCAUUCAAGAUCUGGCCCGCUGGAAGUACAUCAAGUGGGCCCAGGGCUUGGUCACCCUCGCCCACUUUGAGAACGCCGACCAUCACUCGUAAUUGUGGCCGUCUUCUCUCUCGCCAGUGCGCACCCCUUAAAGCCUGGCGAUUUUCUGACUGAUCCUCGUCGUCGUGUUCUUUAUCAGUUGUUCUGAAACUGAAAUCCAUCCCAUCUU